AUGGCGGACUUGUUCGACGUUUUCGACGAGCAGCCAGAGGCGCCGGCGGUCGACUUGGAUCGCAACGCGUCUGACACCAAAUCCAAGAAGACUAAAAAGUCAAAGCGUGACAAGAGCAAGGAUAAGAGUAAAAAGCGCAAGGCUGACGGCCAUGUGAAAAAUUUGGGUGCUGAGGAGAAGAACGGCGCUGAGGUGCAGCCUGAGCCUCAAGAGGACGUUGAAAUGGCUAAUGGCACGCAGCCAUCGACGGGUGACGCCGGCUCAGAGGACUCCUCGUCAGAUGAGCAUCAAGAAACCAAGCGACGAAAGAAGGAGGGCGAGGCCGAACCGAUCCUUACCGACACCUUCGAGACUGCCCAAUCGAGACAGGUUGCUGCAGCGGAGGGCUUCGGCGGCAAGGAGGAGGAUUCACUAGUGCUUUCGCAUAACAUCCAGCAUCAAGUUGCCUUGCCGCCCGAUCUCGACUACGUCUAUGUUCCCCUGUCGGAGCACAAGCCGCCCGAGGAGCCUGCGCGAAAGUAUGCAUUCAAACUCGACCCCUUUCAGAGCAUAUCGGUCGCUUCGAUCGAGCGCGAUGAGAGUGUACUAGUCUCCGCGCACACCAGUGCUGGAAAGACUGUAGUUGCCGAGUAUGCGAUUGCGCACUGCCUCAAGAGAAAUCAGAGAGUUAUCUACACGAGCCCGAUCAAGGCACUCAGCAACCAGAAGUUCAGAGACUUCCAGGCCGAGUUUGGCGAUGUUGGCUUGAUGACUGGUGAUGUCACCAUCAAUCCAACCGCCAGCUGCCUUGUCAUGACAACGGAAAUUUUGCGUUCCAUGUUGUACCGCGGUUCAGAAAUCACGCGCGAGGUGGGAUGGGUUGUGUUCGACGAGAUCCACUACAUGCGUGAUGCAACCCGAGGUGUCGUGUGGGAGGAGACCAUCAUCAUGUUGCCUGACAAGGUUCGCUACGUUUUUCUGUCGGCCACCAUCCCAAAUGCUUUCCAAUUCGCCGAAUGGAUAGCCAAGAUUCACCGACAGGCCUGUCACGUUGUUUACACCGACUUCCGCCCGACCCCCCUCCAGAACUACUGUUUCCCCGCUGGAGGAGAUGGCAUCUACCUCAUGGUUGAUGAAAAGGGCGUGUUUAGGGAGAAGAAAUUCAUGGAAGCCAUUGGCUCGAUUGCAGGGAGGAAUGACGACGAUGAGUCAAUGCCGCGUCAGAAGGGCAAGGGCAAGAACAAGAAGGCCGUAAAGAACACUGCGGCGGACAGCAAGGCAGACAUUACCAAGAUCAUAAAAAUGAUCAUGAGGAAAGCCUUCCAUCCGGUCAUCGUCUUCAACUUCAGCAAGCGCGAGUGUGAGAACCUUGCACUCAAGGUGUCAACAUUGAACUUCAAUCACGAGUCAGAGCAAAAGCUGGUCGAGGAUAUUUUCAGGAACGCCAUCAUGUCGCUGUCUGAAGAGGACCAAGGCCUUCCUCAGAUCCAGCACCUACUUCCUCUGCUCAAGAAGGGUAUCGGUGUCCAUCACUCUGGUCUCCUGCCCAUUCUGAAGGAGACUAUCGAGAUCCUCUUCCAGGAAAACCUGAUUAAGGUUCUUUUUGCCACAGAAACCUUCUCCAUCGGGUUGAACAUGCCGGCCAAGACUGUCGUAUUUAGUCAAGUUAAGAAGUUUGACGGCGUGAAGGAGAGGCCACUUACACCCUCAGAGUACAUCCAAAUGUCGGGUCGAGCCGGUCGUCGUGGUCUUGAUGAUCGUGGUAUUGUCAUCAUGAUGAUUGAUGACAAGCUUGAUCCCGAAACGGCCAAGGGCAUGGUUUGCGGUCAACAAGAUCGUCUCAACUCGGCUUUCCAUCUGGGCUACAACAUGAUCCUGAACUUGCAGCGUAUCGAAACCGUGUCUCCAGAGUACAUGCUGGAGAGGUGUUUCUACCAGUUCCAAAACGCUUCCAGCGUGCCAGCCUUGGAAAAGAAGCUGAUCGAGCUGCAGCAAAAACGUGACGCCAUGGUAAUUCCUGACGAGACCACCGUCAAAGACUAUCACAUCGUCCGCCAACAGAUCGAAUCGUACAAGAAGGAUAUGGAAGCCGUGAUACAACAUCCGAACAACUGCUUGGAAUUUAUGCAGCCUGGAAGAUUGGUCAAGAUCAAGACCCCGGAUGGCAUUGACUUUGACUGGGGAGUUGUGGUCAACUUUGUACCACGCAAGUCUGCCAAGUUUGGCGAUGAAGAGCCGUCACCACAAGAGUCAUAUCUCAUCGAUGUCGCCUUGUUCGUAUCGGAGGAUAGCAUCUCGCCUCCACCGCACGCAUCAGUUUCCAAGGAAAGUCACAUCGCAGAUGGUGUCGCCCCAAGCGGUUCCGUCGACCAGGGACGGUUGGAGAUUGUGCCAUGUCUCUUGACCUGCAUGGUUGCCAUUAGCCAGAUCCGUAUUUUCAUGCCCAAGGAGCUUAAUCAGCUUGGCAAGUCGCAGGUGAGCCUGGCUUUGGUAGAGGUCCAUCGUAGGUUCCCAGACGGAGUACCCUUUUUGGAUCCUAUCGAGAACAUGGGCAUCAAGGACGAUUCUUUCAAGAAGCUUAUGCGCAAGAUCGAGGUCCUUGAGUCACGUCUGCUCUCCAACCCUCUCCAUGGCUCACCGAAUCUCCCGGAGUUGUGGGACAAGUACAAGGUCAAGACAGAGUUGACUACACAGAUCAAGGAGACCAAGAGAGCCAUCAACAAGUCGUAUAGUAUCGCACAGCUCGAUGAGCUCAAAUCGCGCAUGCGAGUUCUCCGCCGGCUCAACUUCAUCAACGAGAACGAGGUAGUGCAGAUGAAGGCUCGCGUCGCUUGCGAAAUCUCCUCCACAGAAGGGCACGAACUUGUGAUUUCAGAGCUGCUGUUCAACGGUUUCUUCAACGAGCUGGAGCCAGAAGUCUGCGCUGCCAUCUUGAGCUGCUUUGUCUUUGACGAGAAGAUGGAGGGCACGCCGUUGAAAGAGGAUCUCGACAAGCUGGUUCGCGAGAUCCAUGCACAGGCCAAGACGAUCGCACGCAUUAGUCGCGAGAGUAAACUAGACGUCAGUGACGAACAAGUUGUUGGAAGUCUCAAAUGGCAGCUUACAGAAACUGUUUUGGCAUGGGCCAAAGGCAGACCUUUCGCGGAGAUCUGUAAAAUGACAAAUGCAUACGAGGGUUCAUUGGUGCGUAUCAUGCGUCGCCUUGAGGAGCUGUUGAGGCAGAUGGCGGAAGCAGGCAAGGUCAUGGGCAGCGAGAUGUUGCAGAAAAAGUUUGAGAAGGCUCUCUCAUUGAUAUCAAGAGACGUCGUCUCGGCUGCCAGUCUCUACUUGUGA